CGCCCGUCGCCUGCGCUCUCCGCUCGUCUCGCCCGACAAAUUUAUCCACCCGGUUCUAACAUGAAACUUUAAUAUCGGGUUUGUUUAACACGUCGUUCUGCAGUGCUAACUUGAUUUCUUUGAGAGAAGUGUAAAUUAAAAGUUGAUGAAAUGUGGUUAACGGUACACAAUUUUAUGUUGGUUCCACGAAUUGAGGAUUGAGACUUUAUAUAUUUGAAAUUGUCGCGUGAAUAAGCAAGCAGGUGUGAAGGCAUGUGCCGGCGAUGACGCAGCGCGCACCGAGCGGCAUGCCCUGAUGACAUGGCAUUCAGCCGCUCCGCCCUCCUUGCGUUGGCCACUCUCACAGCACUCGCUGGGUGGUGUGUGUGCGCGCCUCAAGGCAGCGUGCAGGGCGGUGCGCAGUUGCCCGGGGUCUCUCACUCGACCGCACCGCCCGCCGGCGUCGGCGGCGUCCGCAAAUUCAGUCAGUAUUCCAGAGGUCGGGGCUAUCGAGACUGGCGCACUCGUGGCGACCCCACUCUCAUCAAUUCAUUGUGGCGAAGCAGACAGCCAUUGGGCAUUCGGAAACAACUUGGAAACGCGGAAGUAUACAUCGUGCUGGCCCUGCUGAUCGGCGUGGUGACGGUGGUGGUGGGGUGCUGGCUGUCGGACAACUGCUGGUCGCCCGAGCCAGAGGACAUCUUGGCGGGCGGGUGACCCGUCGCGGCGGGCGCGUGCACGCACGUGUAGCGCCCGCCCUCCGCGGCCGACAGGGAGAGUCCCUCGGGCGCGGGCUCGCUGUCCCCAGUGCUGCCACGCCGCGCGCCGCCGCCGGCGCGUGCCCCGGCUUUCUUCCACGCUGCACGCCACCUGUGCAGCGGCGCUUGCCUUCAUCUCCCGUGUGACAGACGACAGCCGCCACCUUUCUGACGGGAGGUCCACUCCUGUCGGGUACACGAGAAAGCUAACGGGAACCACAUCCCUUUCGCUAACGGCGGAGUGUGUGACUAUUGAAACGGAACAAUUUUAAAUGGAGUGUUGUGCGAAUUUAAUUCGAUUGGAAUUUUAUAUAGUGCGUAACCCAUUUUGGUGAACUAAGAGCUUCGUUAAUAUUACUACAUUUUGUGACUAUGUGAAACGAUGUAUGUUAAAUGCAAUUCUAUACGAGGUUGCGGUAUUCUAACUUAACUCUGAGGAUCUCAUUGUGUCUAUCUCGUCGUAGGUCACGCUUCUAGCGGUCGCUCUGAUUUUAUUACUACACAUAAGUGGUGCAAAUGCGUUUUUUCAUGUACCACUUUACUGUUGUUUCUAAAAGUAUGUGCCUUGUAACGCUUUCCUCUAUUUAAUGUGUAGUAUAGAGCGUGUUUUGAACCCUUUAGAUAAUCUUCCAUCUUUUUGUCGUAAUUAUUAAUCCCGUAUAAUAAGUGCCAUACACAUCAUAACCGUGCCUUUACCGUUCUAUAGACUUUGAGAGGGACGUAAUUUACAAUAGAUUUUAAAAUAACCCUUUGUGUUAAUGUUAUGUCCUCCUUGUUUUGUAUGUUUUGUCCAUCUUUAUGUAUGAUAAUCCACGAUAUAAUUAUAGAGGAAAGUGCUAGGACCAGUCUUCAAAAAAAAACGUCAAUUGGUUAUACUAAAAAUUUGAAUUUUAGAGUUACAACAUUUAUAAACAACGACACAUUUAAAGGAAAAUGAUCAAUUUAAGAUUCACUGUAAAAUUUUGAUGAUUUUUGAAGAUACCUACGUAAGACCUAUUUAUAUUAAGUAUAUACUGAUUUGUGAUGUCAUUUACAAAACCAAAAUACUCUGCUUUGUUAGUCUAAACGCUGAGUUUAUUAGCCUAACCCUAUCAAUUUUCUGCUCUUUUUUUCUUGAGAUGUCAUAUCAUUUUAAAGACAGCAACGUUUCCUUAACAAAAGACACAAUACUUAUAAUUCCACUUAGCGAUGGUUUGCAUACAUUGUUAAAGAACACAACAUGUUAUUGUACACAAUACCUCGUUGAAAGAAACCCGCAGUUUGUAACUUAAGCGCACUCGACUUGAGCAUGGAGCAUUUGAAAUAGCAUAAUUUUUCUAAAUAUUUGUACUGCAUUUAUUAAAUAACAUUAUUAAAGUAUUCCAAAUUGCUAAAAAUUGCUAAUCAUAUAAAUGUGAAUAUAAUACAUAAUACGUUCAAAAAUAGUAGAACAAUAAUUUAGUGCAGCAAUAGAUAAUGGUAAUAAAAUAUAAUAAUAAUCAAAUAAAAUAAGGUCAAUCCAAUAUUUUUUGUAGUAUGUUAUAAUUAAGAAUUACCUACCAUCCAUUUAGAAGUCAGCCCUGUUUUAAACUUAUGCUUCGAAUAAAAUAAUUGUCAUUUGUCUCGAUUUUUGGCGCUCAACUUUUAUUCAAUGUUUCGGGAGAGAAUAACAGCAAAUAUUUUUACUACUGGAUGGAAAACACCAAUAUAGGUAUGUACCAACGUGUAAACAAAUGGACGAUAAAAUUCGAAGUCGACAUUUUAAAUAGGUUUAAACGAGAACCGCUUUGAUAUUGAUACUAUAGUGACGCACCUACGCAAUUUUAUACAUGUUUAUUUUCACAGCAUUAAAAAGUGCCAAUAAUUUUAUGUGUGCCAAACUUUUACAAACUUUAUAGAGAUAAGGACAUUGACACUUUCAUUCAGUUGAUGCGAUGGAGGGUUAAUUAUUCAUGUUUAUACGGGAAAAGAAAAAGUAUUAGAAAGGGGGCUCUUUUUUAUCACACUUUGACGCAUAAAAUAAUCAAUAGAUGCAUGUAGUAGACUAGUUUUAUUUCAUUAAUUAUUAAAAAUAGGAUGGCAUUGUAUUACAUAUUUUAGAACAAUUCACUUUUUCACACUAAUUACCGUACAAUGUAUAUUGUACAUUUAUAUAUACUGCAGUUGUACUGCAAAAAUUGACCCUUGUAAGGAUUUAGCUUUUGUGUUGUUUUAAAAUACAAAAAGUAUUGGUCCUACAGAGGAUGUGAUACGGCGUGGGCGACCGAGUUGAUCGCUUUUGUUUAUGAUCAAGUGGGUCGACCCACGGUACCCAAAUCAUUUCACUCGAUAAGAGGGCCAGUGUACAAUAUAUCUACGUUUUAAAGUAUACACAUUUUGUACGAUUGAAAGUAUAUAUUAUAUAUAAUUAUUAUUUAUCUCAAGAUUUGAUAGUACUAGAAACAAUAUCGUAUCUCUUGUAUUACUGAGUAAAUAUUCGUAACAUUUUUGGAAGAAAUAAGUUGUAUACCUGCCCGCUUAUCUAUGGGAAAUUAUCAUAGUUAAAUGAAUGUGAAAUGAAUAAAAAUUAGAUAGAAACAACAUUUGUAGUCUGUUGUAUAUCGUUUCUUUAUUUGAUCAACGCAGAAAUAAAUAUUGGAUUUUUAAGCGUAUUCAAACAAACUCUACAUUUACAUAUAUAUUAUAUUAAAAUGGAUCUUAAAGAAAAAAUAUCAACAAUCAGUUACAGUUUCACAUUAAUUAACAUUUCCGCAAAACUCGUAACAAUAAAUAACCAUUUAUUAUAUUACCUAUACCUUUCUUCUACACAAGAAUUUCGACACGCUAAUGUUUAAGUACAGUUAUAAUGUAUGGAACUAAUUAGACACUGAUUAUUAUUAUUCAUAAUAUAACGCCUACUAUAAUUAAUUUAAAUUUCGAUGUGUUUUGUUCAAGAGUUGAUAUUAUGAGCGACCGAAUGCACAAAAGUUGUGUAAAAUAACGUAGAUUCGCAAAUCAUCCCAUUACUUGUUAAAAAAUAAAGAGAGAUUCUAAAUUAUCUUCUUAUCAGAUAGAAGGUAGUAUUCACACUUGUAUAUAGGCUAGUUAAACUACAUAAUAUACAUUUCAUGUCGAGUUGUGUCACGAUCGUAAUAGAAUAUUUGCAAUAGUUUGUAAGAGAACCGACUGAAUAGUCAACAUUUUUAAGAAACUUAGAAUAAGUUUUAUAGACUGUAGACAAUGACCUGCAGAUUAGGGUUCUGCAAUCAGUGUUAAAACGAUUAAACAUGUGCCUGUAAACCUACGUAUGUAUAAAUAUUUUUUUAAUUUUUUUGUAAAUUUGAAAUCAAUCAUCUUCGACUAUCCGCAUAUUUAACGAUAGUUGACUAUAUCCAGUCCUUAAUGAUUUAAAUUAGUCGUUAGCUAGAGGACUUCCAAGUAUUAAAUCACAACGCACUGCAGGUCUUCAUAUUUCCUACGAUUGGCAUGUUCAGUAGUUUACAAUGUCUUUAAGCCAAACAUCGUCAAUACGCUACGUUCUACCUGUCAACUAAAAUUCAAUACAUUUUAGUCAUUUACAUACUGUCAAGUGUCUGUUAAUAUUCUUUGAGGUAAUAUGUGGGAAAACCACAACCUUAUUUACGUUAUAAUAUAGUGCACAGUAUUUUUACUAUAAACAUUAUUGUGUCUAGAAUUAAUUACUGAUAUUGUGUAAACAUUUGUGAUAAAAUGUGUGUCAAAAUUUUAUUUGGUUAUUGUAAAUAUGUAUGAUGUGUGUUUUAUUGUCUACUGAUGACUCGACAGUUGGAAGUCAGUAUUAUUAGAAAGGCGAUUCGCUUGGCCGAUAUAGGAAUUGAGAAAUCUGUAAGCUCAAUAUACUUAGCAAUUGCAAUUAUAUGUUUAAUGUAAUUAUUUGUCACGAGUAAGUAAUAAAUGUAUUACAU